AUGGAUCCAUUAUGGCGUGCGAAGAUCGGGCCGAAGCCCGUUGUGCCGGCGAAGAUCGAUGACGACGACUGGGAUACCGAUCCCGACUUUGUGAACAACGUCUCCGAAAAGGAGCAACGCUGGGGAUCGAAAACGAUUGAAGGAAGUGGCCAUCAAGAGUCGCUCAAUCUCUCCGAACUGCGACAAGAAGCUUUGAAAGCUGAUGAGACGCAGCGAGAGAAAAAGCUCGCCACGAUGCCCAAAGCGAGCGAUGGUUAUGGAGGAAAGUUUGGAGUUCAACAAGAUCGAAUGGACAAGUCAGCCGAGACGUUUGAGUACAAGGGGAAAGUCGACCCGCACGCCUCGCAAAAGGAUUACGCUACUGGGUUCGGUGGAAAAUAUGGUGUUCAAACAGAUCGACAGGACAAAUCGGCCGCUGGAUGGGACGAUAAGGUCGAACUGAGCAAGCAUGACAGUCAGAAGGACUAUAAACACGGGUUUGGCGGUAAAUUCGGCGUGCAGUCGGAUCGACAAGAUCAAAGCGCGGCCGAUUGGUCCUAUGCGCACAAGCUCUCACUGCACCAGUCCCAAAAAGACGCGGCUUCCGGUUACGGUGGAAAAUACGGUGUGCAGACGGAUCGACAAGAUAAAUCAGCUGUCGGGUGGGAAGAAAAGGGAAAUGUCGCUCCGCACGAAUCGCAGACUGAUUACAAGAAGGGCUUUGGCGGCAAAUACGGCGUGCAAACGGAUCGACAAGACAAGUCAGCGGUUGGAUGGGAAGACAAGGCUUCACUAGCAGCUCAUGAAAGCCAAACUGAUUACAAGAAAGGCUUUGGCGGCAAAUAUGGAGUGCAAACGGAUCGACAAGACAAAUCGGCUGUUGGAUGGGGCGAGAAGGAGUCCCUUGCCGCGCACGAAAGUCAGACUGAUUACAAGAAAGGCUUUGGCGGGAAAUUUGGCGUUCAAACGGAUCGACAAGACAAAUCGGCGGCGAAUUGGGAAAAUAAGAGCGAAGUGGCACCACAUGCAUCGCAAACUGACUACAAGAAAGGCUUCGGUGGUGCUUUUGGUGUGGACAGUGAUCGUCAGGACAAAUCGGCCGUCGGUUUCGAACAUCACGAGCAAUUGAGCAAGCACGAGAGCCAAUUGCACAACAAGAAGGUCAACUCGAAUGAUGAACAGAGUCGCGGUGGAGCACCGGAGCCACCAAAGUUCGCUCGGGAGAAACCACAAGUUGCCGAGAAAGGCAACGCUUCGAAUCUCCGUGCACGCUUUGAACAAAUGUCAGCUCAAGAUUCAACUGAUCGAGUGGCCGCUGAACGAGAGCGUCGACGAAAGGAAGACGAGGCGCUUCGUGAAAAACAACGACAUGAUGAAGAGGAACGACAACGACGAGUUGAAGAGGAAUGGAAAAAGCGAGAAGAUGCUGGACUUACGCAAGGCGGCGAUGAACACAACGAGGAAGAGGAACGGCAGCGCCAUCUUCGCGAAAUGAAUGCUGCUCCGAAGAGGAUGGGCCCGGCUCCAGGAGCGAUCUCUGUAAUGCCAACUCCAAAAGUCGCCUCUCCCGAGCCAGUCCACGCCGCUUCACCACCAGUUGUCAAUCAGUAUUAUGAAGAACCACCCGCUGAGGCACCCGUACCACAGGCUCCCGUCGCCGUGCUUCCACAAGCGCCACCUCCAUCAUUUUCCAAUUCGGCCAACGCGGCGCUCAAAUCAGGACUCCGUCGUGCUCCAUCGAGUGAUGAGGAACCGGAUAACGAUGAUGAAUGGAAAGACGAUCCACCCACUCCAUCCAAGCAACCUAUCAUUCAAACCUCUUCGUCGGCACCACCACCUCCACAAUCGCUGCCUCCACAAUCGCUGCCUCCACAGUACGACUUUGUGCCCGGAGAUGAGCCACCACCACCCGCUCCGGCUCCAUCUAUUCCAGCUGCCGCUCCGCAAUUGAGCAGCAUGUACGACUUGCCUCCAUCCGAUGAUCGUGGAACUUGGGCCAUCGCUCUCUACGACUACGAGAAACAAGACGACGACGAGAUCAGCUUCAAUCCAGAUGACAUCAUUACUCACAUUGAACAGGUUGACGCCGGCUGGUGGCGCGGUCGCUGCAAUAACACCUAUGGACUCUUCCCGGCAAACUACGUGGAAAUUCAAAAA